UGGGCAGAUGGCGGGCCGUCACCCCCAGCCCGGGCCCUGCAGCCCCCUCACAGCCCAGGGAGCCAAGAGGCGGCAGAGGGGCCCCCGGGGGCCCAGGGCUGCCCCUCCUGAACUCGAGGACCCCAGGGUGAAGUGCAAGGACUGUGGGGCCUUCGGGCACAGCGCCCGGAGCAGCAGGUGCCCCAUCAGGUGCUGGCAGGGUGCCCUAGCCCCCCAGCCCUUGGGCUCCAGUGCGCUGAAGAUCCGGGACCCCCGGAAUCGGCAGGCCCCCCAGAACCCAGGCGCCCCCCUGGCGGCCCGGCCGGAGAAGGGGCCGACACAGAGGUGAGGAGCCAGGAGGGCGGGGACCAGGCUCGUGCUGAAGCCUGUGCAGACUGUGGCUGACCCCCCACUCCGCCAGGCAAGGACAGGGUUCCAGGAGGAAGAGAAGGGGCUCUGCCCUCCGGGACCCCCACUGGGAGCCCAUUCCCCGGGAGCAUCC